AUGCAGGGUUUAGGCCUUUUGACAUUGUCUACAAUAGAGAAGAUACUCUUUUACAUAUCACUACCUCUAAUAGCUGUGGGAGUCUCUGCUUACAUUGCCGCCACACUGACCCCCAUUGGCGACCAAUCGAAGCCGCUGUCAUCAUCAUCAGAAUCUGAGCCGUUGUUGGUGCCGGCGGCAUCAGAAUCGGAUAAUGCCAGCACCGGCACUGCCAACUCCCAUUGGACAGCGGCCAUGUUUGAGAAUGUCGUAUUGGUGGUACUAGCGGUCUUCCUCCCGGUAUCUGCACUUAUAGCAGUUGGUUAUGUAAGCCCUUGGUGGAUCAAGUUUCUGAUUCCCACCGCUGUUACCGCUGUGGCAACAAUUAUUUUCUUGACAGAUUCAAGAGAAUGCUGUGCUAAAGUUCCCAAGUUUGGGAUCGCAAUGUCAAUGGUGUUUGCAACUCUCUGUUACAUCACGGCUGCGAAAGUGGAGACCCGAAAACUAGGCGUGGUUGAGACAGAGGGUUUUAGCGACGAUGCCACGUCGAUAAUUCCCAUGACCAUGUUCUGGUUGCUUCCUCAAUAUAUUCUACUUGGGUUGUCGGAAGCGUUUUUCGAGAAGUGCAUUGCGGUUUUUUUCAGCGACGAGCUGCUGCCUGGAGCCAAUGAGGGUGAUGAGGCAGCAAAAGGGGCGAAGAAGAAAUACAUCGAAAGCUUUGCUCAGGCUGUUAAUGGGGUGGGGAUUAUAUUGGGUGUGUUGAUAGUUUAUAUAGUGGGUGAGAUUCAACCCACUUGGUUCCAAUCCACGGUGAACAAGAGCCGUUUGGAUAAUUACUUCUGGACCUUGGCUGCAUUGUUUGCAGCUACUCUUGUAUUGUUUGGUUUGUUCAGCUGUUGUCUGUCUGUUUAUGAGUUUAAUCGUCGGUCGACAGAGGAUGUGGAAGGCAAUGUCACUCCAGCAACAACAACAACAACGACAUAG